AUGAAUCCCCCGUUGCACUUUGAUAACAGUGGAUCAGGCCCACUUCGAGUUCCGGGCUUCGACGGGAUCCCCCUGGAGUAUGAGUUCGAGAUCGGCCAGCGCUUUACUCACGGGGCAUGGGAGGAUAGCGAAAGGCAACCUUUUAGACUGACCGCACCUGAGGUUCAUAUGUUGCGUCUCAUGGAGCGCAUUACCGAUAUUGAAGACUGGGACCAAGGAGUCUUUGAUAAACAUACGCUCGCUAAAUGGCGUUCACAGGGAGCCUUUUGCGCAGACCAUAGCUCCGAUAUGGAUCAGGAUGUUGACAUGGACCUGAUUACUACGAAAACAUGGCUCUGGUGCGUUGCGGAGCUACAGGAUAAGGCCAGAGCAUUUCGUGAUACCGGUCAUGUUGUUGUCCUCGAUUCCGACUCUGGGGUAUGUAAAGCCGAUCGGGUCGUGACAGGGUCCCUUGUGCGUCAACUUCUGGACGCAUUUAGUCAACUGCCCAACUGUAGCACUCAUGACUUGGUAGACCCGUCACUUCAUAUGCUCAUCUAUGGUCGGACAACAGUUCUCAGUCAUGGUGGUCAGGUUACUCUUGAAGGGACUUCUAAUCUGUAUCCUCCCUCCGACCGGGGACAGACGGCACCAGUGCCAGAUCAUCCUCUGACUAAACUUGGACCUUUUCCCCAAGUUUUCCAUCACUCCAGCGAUGAAGAAAAGUGCCGACAAUUCUCCUCUUGCUAUCAAUGGCUACCUUGCGACGUUGAAUUCGCCGAGUCUUCGGGAACGGCGGUACGAAUAACAUCGUACAUCAAUAACCUCCACCCAAAUAACACGAGGGCAUACGCUUCCAUUGAAAAGCUUAUCUCCCUGGCUAUAGCUCCCUGGAAUGACGUUCUGGUAAAAGGGUUUCAAGGUCGCAGGCCCCGGCGGAUCUAUACAUAUGGUGUGUCCAAUAGUGAAGUACCCCCAUGGGCAGAAUACCCGCCGAAGGACCUACUGCCAGUUGUGCCGUAUCAAAAGAUAACUCCAUCCGACUGGGCGUCAGAAGACUGGGAAUGCCAUUGUGACAAGGUCAAAGACUAUCUUCGGCUACCAGAUGUGGAUCCGAAAUAUCGCGUUUUCCCACCAAAGCCCGACGAUCCACCAGAGACCCAAGACCUUCUGGGUUACAUGACACCGGAGAUGUGGGAAUCUCCCCAAAGCGUCGAGAGGAUAGUAAGGGCGAAGUGGAGACGACUUCAUCGGUUCUCAUACCCCGAGCCAGGCAUCUCCUAUACGUAUGAAGACUGGAAAGCGGGUAAAACCGCCAAGCCAAUCUUCGGUCCGUGGGAGUGGGAAGGUGAGUAUGAGAUGACUUACGAUCAUGAAUACUACUCGGUGUCCUUGGAAGAUGAGUUUCGGCAACAGGGCCUGCAGGUAAUUGUGCGGGCCUUCAGUAUUGACCUGACAACGAAUGAACCCCAUUAUCCAGGGGAUCAAGAUUUCCAUUUAGACGGCAUGCUCAACGAACAUAUUGUCGCCACUGCCCAGUUCUGCUAUAGCUCGGAGAAUAUCACCGAAUCCCGCAUUUCAUAUCAACAGAAUGAUGACUUGAAUCUGCAAAGUCACCAACCGGAUCCCUUGUGCAUCUACAAACUUUACGGUACACCUCCUUGCCCGGCAGUUGGCGAGGAGCCAAAGGCUCCGAAUCUUCAAACACUGGGCUCGGUCGCAGUCACUAGCGGUCGACUUCUUGCUUGGCCUAAUUCCUUGCGUUAUAAGAAGCAUCCUUUCUCUCUUCUUGACCCAAGUCGCCCAGGACAUCAACGGUGUGUCGUCUUGUGGUUGGUUGAUCCCCAUUAUCGGAUCUGCUCAACUCGAAACGUACCCCCUCAACAGCAUGACUGGUGGCGCAACGCAGUUCUAGACGAUUCGACCUUGUUAUCGACCCUUCCCAAAGAAUUGAUUGAUAUGGUAAUGAAUGAAACAGGAUCCUGGCCAAUGGAUUUGUCCGAGGCCUUGGCGUACAAGAAAAGGUCGGAAGCAGAGAGGGAGAGUGCCCAUGAAGCCCAGAAGUCGAUGUUUCAAAACUAUUCAUUUUGGUAUGAUUUAGAAUAUUGCUGA